AUGCGUCUCAUCGAUGUGACAACCUUGAAGAUGAAGGAGUUCUUUGGAAAACGUAUUCCCCCAUACGCAAUUCUCUCCCACAGAUGGGGCGACAACAAAGACGAGGUAUCAUUCUCUGACAUGAAAAAUGGCUCAACGAAAAAGGUCGGAAUGGCAAAAGUCCUGGGCUGCUGCGAACAGGCCAAGAAAGACGAAAUCAAGUACAUCUGGAUCGACACGUGUUGUAUCGACAAGGGUAGCUCAACAGAGCUCGAGGAAGCCAUCAACUCCAUGUUCCAGUGGUAUCGCAAAGCCUCGGUCUGCUACACCUACAUGAGCGAUGUACCCAAAGGCGAUAAUAUCUGGGACCCAGCUUCCAAAUUUUGCACAAGUUCCUGGUUUCAACGAGGCUGGACAUUGCAGGAACUAUUGGCGCCCGUCGAGUCACGCUUCUAUGACCAAGAAUGGAAUCUCAUCGGCACUAAAGCUGAUCUAUCGAGUGAGAUUGGGAAUAUCACAGAUAUCCCUCGAAAGUUUUUGCUUGGCUGGGCCGACUUCCGCCGGGCAAGCGUGGCGCAGCGGAUGUCGUGGGCGGCGAAGCGGAAAACGAAAAGAAUAGAAGAUAUGGCCUACUGUCUUUUAGGAAUAUUCAACAUCUCAAUGCCGAUGAUUUACGGCGAAGGUGCAAAGGCAUUUGAGCGUCUGCAAUCAAAGAUACUGGUGCAAACAACAGACGACUCUAUUCUUGCUUGGGGAACUUUCGAUACUGAUCUCAGUGGACAAAGCACCAAAAUAUCUCAAGCAGUCUCAGCUGGAGCCUUUGCUUCCUCUCCUAAAGAUUUUGCUCGUUGUGGACGUAUAGUGUCAAAUACCCAGAUCUUCAAACCGAGCAGCACCAUCACUAUAUCAGGUGGCUAUGUCAACACGUCCUUGACAAUACAUCGCAACGAAAAUCAGAUGCACUACGGUGGGCUUAACUGCUACUUCGAAGGCAACGACGCCCAAGUAAUUGCCAUCCCUUUGUUCACUAAGUCUUCUGCAACCGGACACAUCAGACCGCAAAGUUAUGGACCGAUACUGGUUGCAAAACCACCAGCCGGACAUCCGACCUCUGACAUCCGAAUCAGAGUUGAUCGGCAACUUCGCCCCGCCCAAACGACAGGAAAAAGUGUCUGGCUACAUGUCCAAGGUUAUAGGAAGCUUCGCCUAAAGUUAGCAGAAACUUAUCCGCCACUUGAGUGGCAGAAAAGUCGGGCUUUGCUCUACAGAGGCGAUAGCAAAUCUGGUGCCAAAACUCAUCUUCUUCGAUUCACGUCCGGUGAUGCAAAAAGUCAAGACUUGAUAGUGGUCAUCGAACUGAACCCUUCCGGCGGCGCAUCAACUACGCACAGCUUUGUGAUACAAGCAUUUAAAGACCUGGAGUUGAAGGAUAUCGCGAACAGCCUGAAAUUCAUCGAUCCAAAGAGUCGCAAGUUGAGCGUCGCCGAUAAUGGAGUGAUGGAGGUCAAAGUUACCAUUACUCGGGAACCUGUCCCGCAAGGGGAAGUUUGUUUGGUCAGCUUGGGUCGCACAAACAAAGCCUCAAUUGUUGGCAACAAACAUUCGGCGCUUCUGACAGCAAAGCUCAAAUACGAUUUCAUGGAUGCUUUAAAGAAAGAAUAUCUUGCGGGCACAGCAGAAAGCUCGGCUCUUCAGAGUAUAACGGCAUUGAAAGACCGUCGUGAAUCCGCCAAAGCUACGCUACGAGAGAUAGAAGAAGAAGAAAAGAGACUGGCUGAAAGGAAGAAGUCCGUGCAAAGGGAUAUAGACAACCUCACGGACCGCAUCGUUACCGAGGAGUCUCAGAUACAGGGGCGCUUGAAUUCUUAUGAGAAGUUUCAAACUAAGAGGUUGAAGGUUCAGAGCAUUCUGGAUGGUAAGACCACUUAUACACACGGCCAAUCAAAGAAUCAACUGCUGUGUUUGUUUAGCAAGGGAGAGGUCGUACAUGGUCCAGGAAAUUGGUUUGAACACACCCUCCAGAGGUUGUUGGAAAGGGUAGAACAAAAGUCCUAUUCGUGGCCUAUAGAGGUUGGGCAACAUACACAGGACCUAUCACCUCUUUUAUGGUCUGUUACGAACUCGAAGCCCGAGUUUGCAGAUCUACUUCUCAACAAAGGAUCAGACACUGAGGCGAAAUACAACUGCGGCACCACAGCACUUUCAGCAGCUGCAUGCCAUGGCAAAACGUGGAUAGCCAGGAUCCUUCUCAACCAUGGCGCACAACUGGAAGCAGUCAACGAACGCAAACUUACACCACUAAUCUACGCAUCUUACAGUGGACAUAAGGAAACAGUGGCUCUCUUACUUGAAAAGGGAGCCAAUAUCAAGGCGCGAUCCGCUACAGGAGGCACAGCUCUGUCACUUGCUGCACUAAAAGGACAUGAGCAUGUGGUAGGCUUACUCCUGGAAAAAGGUGCCAACGUGGAAUCCAAGGACGAAGAUGGUGAUACACCGCUUGCGAAAGCAGCUUCGGAAGGGCACGCAAAGACGACGGCGCGAUUGCUCAAAGAGGGAGCUAGAAUUGAAACACAAAAUGUUAGUCAACAAACACCUUUAACCAUAGCUACAUUAGGAGGGCAUGAGGAAACUAUGAAAUUGCUUUUGGCGAGUGGGGCCUAUAUUGAAGCGCGAGACAAGAGAAAAUGUACACCGCUGAUGUUGGCGGCUGCGAUGGGAUAUGCAAGUAUUGUGAGAUUACUUUUAGAGAGAGGUGCUGAUGUUGAGGCGAGGGACUGGCAGAUGACGACGCCGAUGCAACAUGCUGCUUCGUCAGGGCACAAGUAUAUUGUUAAAAUGAUAUCGGACGCUGGCGCAAGAAACUAG